AUGAGGCCGCCCAUCCUCCUCCUCCGCCUCUGUCUCCGCCGCUCAACGCCCCAAGCCGCCCGCAACGCCUCCCACCGCAUUUUCUCUUCCACCGCGCGCAACAGCCACUCCUCACGCCCCUUCUUCCGCCCUCCACCCCCGCCCAAACAUGGUCGCCGCAUCCUCCUCGCCGCUGCGACCCUCACGCCCGCCGUCUUCGCCGAGCUAGCAACAGCCGAUACCAAUGAUGGCAAGACGGGCGAGGAACACAUGCUCGAGGCUUCCCGCGCCGAGAUCGACCAUGCGGUCCCGGCUGCGCUGAAGAACUCGAAGAAGUGGCGCAGGGCGAUUUAUUUCUUUAUUGAUGAUUGGAUUGUUGAGCCGAUUGCGACGGGGCUGAGGUUCAUACAUCUCGUCAUCAUAUUCGUGCCGGUGAUUUUGGCCGUGCCGGUGAUUUGGUUCGGGAGGAGGGUCAGGGAAAGGGAUAAUGAGAGGACGGGGACGCUGUGGUGGUAUGGGUUUUUGGUUAGGGGGAUGGAGAGGGCGGGGGCGGCGUUCAUCAAGCUGGGACAAUGGGCAGCUUCACGGUCGGACAUCUUCCCAAAGGAGAUGUGCAGUAUCAUGUCGACGCUCCAUUCUAACGCCCCUGCACAUUCGUUCGCGCAGACGAGGAAGACUGUCAGCAGGGCGUUCGGCGGCCGGGAUUUUGAUGAGAUAUUCGAAGAGUUCAACGAGAAGCCUCUGGGCGUCGGCGCCAUUGCGCAGGUAUACAAGGCUAAGCUGAAGCCAGACCUGGCUAUGCUGGGCGAUGUGGACGUAAAAGAGAAGAAAAAUCUGCGGCAGAGAGUUAGGCGAAACGUUGACCUGACGCUGAAGAGCACGCCGGCGCGUGUCCCCUCUACAUACGUGGCUAUAAAAGUGCUGCACCCUAGUGUCGAGCGUAUCGUGCGGCGGGACCUGCGCAUCAUGGGAUUCUUCGCUGCCAUCAUCAACGCGAUACCGACGAUGGAGUGGCUUUCAUUCCCGGAUGAGGUCGAGCAGUUUGGCGAAAUGAUGAGGCUGCAGCUCGACCUGCGCAUCGAGUCCGCCAACCUGACACUUUUCCGCAGAAACUUCAAGGACAGGACUACAGCCUGGUUCCCCUACCCUUAUACCGACUAUACCACCCGCCAAGUCCUGGUCGAGGAGUUCGCGCACGGCAUACCGCUCGAACACUUCCUCGAGAACGGCGGCGGUGUUUUCCAGAAGGAGAUUGCGGAUGAAGGUCUGGAUGCCUUCCUGCGCAUGGUUCUGAUCGAUAACUUCAUCCACGCCGACUUGCAUCCCGGGAACAUCAUGGUGCGCUUCUACAAGCCCGAAAAGCUCGACGUCCCGACCUUCGGCCGUAAGAAAGAACCCGAUCCCAGCAACGGUAAAGACGUGACGGAGGAAGUGCUGCAGCGCCUGAGACCGCACAAACGAAAACCGCAGGAAUGGAAAGCUGAGCUUGAGAAGAUCGAACGGGAGAACUACAGGCCCCAACUCAUCUUCAUCGAUACGGGGCUGGUCACAGAGCUGAAUGCGACGAACCGGAGGAACUUCCUCGAUCUCUUCAAGUCCAUCGCUGAGUUCGAUGGCUACAAAGCGGGACACCUGAUGGUCGAGCGAUGCCGACAGCCGGACGCGGUUAUCGACAAGGAGGUCUUCGCCCUCAGGAUGCAGCAUCUGGUGCUCGGUGUUAAGAGCAGCACUUUUGCACUCGGAAACGUCAAGAUUGGGGACAUCCUGAAUGAAGUUCUGAGCAUGGUUCGAGAGCACCAUGUCAGGCUGGAGGGGGACUUCGUCAACGUCGUACUGAGCAUAUUACUGCUCGAGGGCAUUGGACGAAGUCUGGAUCCGGAGCUGGAUCUCUUCGCUGGGGCUUUGCCAAUCCUGAGACAGCUUGGCACCCAGGGCAGCACGGUCUCCAUGAUCAGGAGCGGCGACUUCUCGAUGAUCAAGGUUUGGGCUGGCUUGGAGGCAAGAAGCUAUCUCAAAGCUUCUGCAGAAGAUGUCGAGCGAUGUGUUAAGUACGAUCUACUUUCACCGAACAUCUAG